GAACUGCGCGUGUUUUAUUUUACGAAGAUGACGGCUUUAGACGGUCCUAGGGCAAUGAUGUAAUGCAAUGGAGUCAAAAGUUACCUAGACUUUUCUCCAAGAUAUUCAGAAUGGUUUUCGGUUUUCAUGCUGCUUAGGAAAUGUCUUCUGUGAAAGUGGCUGUUCGAGUUCGGCCGUUUGCGAGCCGAGAAAACAAUCGAAGCUGCAAAUGUAUAAUUGGGAUGCACGGACCUACCACAAGUGAGUUGUUGUCUGCACUUGUAAUGAUAUGUUAAUUUGACUGAAAGCUUAUGAGCCACUCGAUAUUUUGAUUAGCGAUUGAACAGCUGAAGGGAAAUGUUUCAGUUGUAAUUUCAUUUUUUCCUAAUUUAUUUUUAUGGGAAUGUGAUUUCCCAAUUUUCAAAAUACCAGUGGGUAAAUAUGAAAUUUAGUUGACACGAUGGACGUGUUGACUGCUAAAUUUCUUAUUAUUUUUGCGUUCACCUACGUUCAGCUAGUGCACUGUCUGAAGUCCAUGAGUGUAAUUUCUAGAUUUCCAGAACAAAAGAUUUUUUAUUCACGUCUGGUAUCGUAUAGUCACGAAAAGCCUUUAGCGGGAUAUUUUUAAUCCAAAUCCCUGAAAGAUUUCUUUUGACGAAAUUCUAGAAAUAAAUUAACAAAAAAAGUGAAAUAUGCUAAUUUUUUGGUUUUGAUAACUGAGCAUCAGUUGAUUUUUCAUCCCGCAUCAAAGAAGUUGAAAGUUUCCAUAGGUAGAUUAAAGGAAAUUUUAUUCUUUUUUUUUGUUUACAUUCUGAUAUUAACAAGGAUACAAUAUGAUAUUGGAAGAUAUGAAAUUUCAAAACUCAGCGUUCAAUAUAAAAUUUCCUACACUUCAUUCUCUUGAGAUGGGGAUCAGUUAAUAAUGUAUGAUUUAGAAUGUGGUUUGAUUCAAGUAAGAUGAUAUUAUAAUGAUUUGCUGAGAUUUGCAUAUAUAUUCAUACUUACUCAAACACAGCUGUGGGCAUACAGAUAUUUUUAAAGAAUCGUUAUCUUGAGGAAUGAAUGGUUCAGCUACCCUAAGAAUUGAAAUAAAAAUUAUUUGCCCUGUCAUAGGGUUUAUUUCAUUGAAAUUACUUUCAAGUUGCUAUUUUAGAUUGUUUUUAAGUAGCUUCAAACCACAACAUUAACUGAAUGUGUGUCAGAUUUACAAGUUCUGACUUAGUCUUGUUUAUGUCUUGUAUUGCUGUAUCAGAUUACUUUAUAAGCCUUUGACUGAUGUAGUGAUCAAUACUAUUUUAAAAUGCAUGGUUUGAAAUUAAUUAGCCAUACAAAUUAACCCCCCCAAUUUAUUUUUUUUUCAAUAGAAGACAAAGGGCAUUGUUUUAAAAACGAUUGAGCUUCAUUUUAACUUAGGGUUAGAAUAAGUUUCUCAUUAGCUUUUUUAUCCCUGUAGAGAGUGUUCACUUUUAUGUUUUACCAAGUGCAGAUUUGCUGGCAUUAAGAUAAAACUGUUAUGAAUUGUAGAUGCAUAUUAUGAAUUAAGUGUAGAGUAUAUGUUUCCUUAGAAGAGAGAUCAAAACCUUGCAAAUAAAAUUUUUAAUCCUGGAAUAGGAUUAACUCCUGUUCCUUUUGAACAUGCAAUCUUGCCCAGGAGUCAUGAGGUUCAGAAAUUAAAUUCUAGAAGUUUUAGAGUAAAAUCUUUGAUUAUUUGGUCACAAAAAUGGAUAUAGAAGGACACACCACCUGGGGCACAAGAUUGGGGUUGAAUGUCAUAUUGAGAGUAUUUGAGUCUUGUGCUUGACGAAAAGAGAUGCUAACCUUUGGAAGACUGAAAUCUCUAGAUUUUUCCUUUCAAAUCAUGUCCUUAACCCUCUUUAAAUUUUAGGCAAUGGUUUGAUAUAUGAUACAAGUGGACAUUUUGCUGAUUACUGGUAUUUUUCCUCACCACCUGGGGGCCAGAAAAAAUACUAUGCACCUUGUAUAAUAUCUGGGUAUAUUUUAGAAGUGUUUAACUGUCAAAUAGGGUGAAGCUAUUUCUUGUGCCAAAUUCUGUUGUCUUAGUCUUUGCCUUCACAACUCUGUUUUUUUUUUCAGCUAUCCUAAAUCCUAGAAACUUGAGUGAAAAGCCCAAGAGUUUUAACUUUGAUUACUCAUACUGGUCUCAUGAUGAAGUAAGGUUUGAUAAUAAUCUAUCUGGUACAUAAAUCUCCUCAUGUGGGUUUGCACCCUGGGCUGUACAUUUAAUCUUACAACUGUUUGAACUGUUCCUGUCGCUGAAUUCACGGUAGAAGUUGGGAUACAAACAACUCUUACUUCAUGUGCAGUGUUGAGUAGUGAAAAUCACUUACAAUUAAUUCAUCUAAUGGCUUUUUACAAGAUAUAUUAAAGUUCACAUGGCAACCAGGUGGACAAUCAGAUAUGGUUUGAUGCUACUCUGGUUUACAGAUUUAAUGAAUGUAACCAAAGAAGUUACAAAACUUUGGGUCUAUGAAUUGUAACUUCUUCAGUUACAUUAAUUAAAUCUGUAAACCAGAGUAGCAUCAAACCAUGUCUGGCUUUUUACAAACUCAGCAAGAUGACUUAUGAACCCAUUUUAAUUAAAAAGUACUAAAUAAAACUUCUGAUGAGAUAAUUGUCUCAGAGUUAAGGUGACAAGUUUCUAUUAAAAGAGAUUGUGGUGCUGCAUCAUGGGGGGAGUAUGAAAAGAUGAUUUGGUUUUCAUCAACUGAAUGUAAACUGGCCACCCUAAAGAGUUUCUAAGCUGGCGUUUUGAGCUUUAGCCUUUUGUCAGAGCAAAUGACAAAGGGCUAAUGCCAGAAACAUCAGCCUAGAAACUCUUAAGGGUAGCCAGUACAUUAUCAACUCAGUUGAUGAAAACCAAAUUAUCUUGUCUCAGAGUUAAUUGAUUAACUCUUAGUUCUUGUUAGUUAAGAAUAUAUGAAAGUCAUAUAUUUGAACUGCGGAUAAAGACGUGAAUGAAAGUGAUCCUCACAGUAAUGUGCACUACUUAGGCAGUAGUGAAAAUAAGGCCUGAAAAAAAUUCAGGCCUGUAUGGGAUUUGAACCCAUGACCUUUGCGAUACUGGUGCAGCGCUCUACCAACUGAGCUAACAAGCCAACUGGGAGCUGAUUUUUUUCAGGCCUUAUUUUCACUACUGCCUAAGUAGUGCACAUUACUGUGAGGAUCACUUUCAUUCACGUCUUAGUACUUGUCGUAACAUUUUUCAUUAAUUUUAUUUCUUAAUUUGGUUCUUGCAGAAUGAUGCCCACUUUGCAUCCCAAAAGCAAGUGUAUGCGGACAUUGGUAAAGAGAUGUUGGCACAUGCAUUUGAGGGGUAAAUAUACAUGCUAGGGAAAGUGCAGGAGUCAAGAUUUUCAUUAUUUAAUUAUCUAGAAAUGUCAAUACCAAAUGAACUUGGUAAUUGAUCACUAACCUGUGAUUGGAAAAAAGAGUAGAUGCUAGCUUUUGACUCUUUUACUCCCAUGAGUGACCAAGAAAGAAUUUCUCUUUACAACAACAGUAGAAUAUCAAGCAGACAAGUGAUGAAUUAAUACAUGUGGUUGAUCUAAUACUUGAUUCUCCAAACUAACAUCAUAAGAAUUGUAUGACAUACAGUAAGGGGAAUUACUAAAUAAAUGGGAUCCUGGGAGUGAAGGGAUUUAAUACCUUUUAUUCUGUUUAAACAGUUGUUGCUCAUAGGGAAUCCUGUGUUGACACAUUUGAAAUUUAAUUUAUACAAGGUUGAAAUGUUGUUUACCUGGGUUGAUUUCUUAUUUCCUAUCUUUCUUGACUUAAAUAAUUGAUAAUUAGGGUGAGCCAUGAGAGAAAGGAAAUAACUGGUAUUAAACUGUAACUACAACUUUCUCUGCUCUAUCAGUCAUGAAUUCCAUUGUUAAUUUUCAAGUUUGAUGGACAUCUCAUGAAAAUUCUUAAUAAGCACAAUGGUGAAGCCUAGAUAUGAAUAAAAAUGUAAAUUGCUAUUUUCCCUUCAGAUACAACAUCUGCAUAUUUGCAUAUGGCCAGACAGGCUCUGGAAAGUCUUAUACAAUGAUGGGCAAACAAGAGGCUGACCAGAAAGGAAUCAUACCACAAGUGAGAUAUAAUGGAGCUACAUGGAAGAAGCAGUUAUCUAAAUUGAUGGAUAAUUGAAAUAGUUGUGUUGCUGUUCAAUUAAAUUUUGGAACAAAUUAAACUGAUUUUCUUUUUUUUUUAUUUUUUGAAAAUGUUAUGAAUUUCAGGAGGAGCUAACUUUUAGCAGACAAGACUUUGUUAAUGACACAUUGUUUUUAACCCUAAUUACCAGUGAAGAUGAAAUUUAACUGUAUUUGUUUUGAAAAUUCUACCUUUCAGCUGCUAAAUAUUCCUUAUAGGUUAAUAUAGUUUACCUAGAUUAAUCCUUUCAAAAUCAAAAGGGAUCAAGAUGUGAUUUCUCUUUCUAGUGGCGAUAUAAUAUUUCACAGAAAGAUGAUGAGAAUAAAGAAAAAUAUGAUCAAGGGAGUACUUUUUGAUUCAACACAAAAUUCUUAGAACUUUUGUUAUAAUUAAGAAAUGUAUAGCAUAGAGAAUAAAAUUAUUGUAUAGCAUUGGGAAUAAAAUUGUUUAUGAGGAGCAUUUGGUCUUACAUCAAUGUGAAGGUGACAUUCAUUUGUUAAUAAGUCUGUCUGUUGUGAUCACUUGUUUGUUGGGUGAAGAAUGUAUGAAAGUGAAGAAUUUAUAUAAAACCAAUGUUCUAAAUUCCAAUUUGACCAAUUCAAUAGUGGGCAAGAAUAGUCACUUCAUGGAAUGUCCACUAUUAAAUCCCAUUUAUUUAUUUAUCUAUUAUUGUAUUAUUAAAAUUGUGGAGAGAAAAUAGUGGUUACCUUUUAAAAACUUCUGGAGUUUAAAGUUUCAUUCUGAUAAAGUUACCUUGCCCCUUAUAUACUCCUUUAUUUUUAUUUAGCUUUGUGAAGAGUUGUUCCAAAAGAUUGACAGUGAGAGCAGCGAUGAGUUGAUGUUAUCUGCUGAGGUAUGAAACUCUGAUCUUAAAGCAUAAAGGGAAAGACACAAGACUCAAUGCAAACCUUUCAUCAACCUUACUUGCAUGUACAGAGACCACUUGCAAGGUCCUCCAACCUCUUUUUCAAAACAUCUAUUUAGACAUGAACAAUUUUUUGUUUUAAACUUUACUAUUUCAGUCAAGGGGCCUUUGCAGUCUAUCUUUUAGUUAUACUUAAGUUGCCUAAUAAUGCAGUCUGAGUUAUCGACAACUUGUAAAAUUCUUUUGUACAGUGCAUGUUUUAAUCUUUCAUCAGGUCAGCUAUCUUGAGAUCUAUUGUGAAAGAGUGAGAGAUUUGCUGAGUCCAAAAGCUAAGAACAACUUAAGAGUGAGGUGAGGCUGACAAGGUCUCUAAGUUGUCCAAAAUCUGACAUUUGUUUUGUACAAGAAACUUAAUAAUGAAAAAUCUGUCAAGGACAAAACAUGUAAUGUUUGAACUUUUUGCAGAUGACCCUUUAGCCAACACUUGUCAUGAAAACUCUACUCUUGAAACUUUUUUUGAUUCCUGCAUUACCAAAAUAUUGUUUGUCAAGGAAAGCAUGCAAUAAGUUUAAAUGCCAUGUUUUAAAUUGUAAUUCAACUCAAACCAGCCCUCAGCCAUAAUUUCAAUCUACAUUUAAUGUUGGUUAUUCCCUUGCUGGGUCACUUGAGGACCUGUGAGAGAGUCAGAGCUUCUUGCCACUUAUUAAGCUCUUUUUACAUUUAAUUGUUAUAAAAAUUAAUUGGAAUGAUCAUUUCUUUAGGGAACAUCCAAUGUUGGGACCAUAUGUAGAAGACUUGACUAAACUUGCUGUCACUUCAUUUGAGGAUAUAAAUGACCUUAUUGAUGAAGGCAACAAAGCUAGGUAAGUAAAAUUUGGUUUCUCUUGAAUUUUUUUGAGAAGGUCAUGGUAUAAAACAGUUAUUCAUUAUACUAUAGUCAACAAAAAAAUUUCAAGUCAAAGAUGUGGUGUAUUUUUGAUUGAAGAUCUUUGUCUGUGUUGUGUAUUCAGCUUGAUAUUAUUGGUAGCAUUAAGGAGUCUUCCAAAGAGUUGUUGUGAUUUGUGAGGUAAUUUGAAGGUACAUGACUGUACAUCUACAACAUUUGUGUAGUGUAAAUUUGAUGGCACUCUUCAAUGUUUACAGGACAGUUGCUGCAACAAACAUGAACGAAACCAGCAGUAGAUCCCAUGCAAUCUUUAGCAUUGUGUUUACACAGAGGAGGCAUGACUCCUUAACAGACCUAUCAACAGCUAAGGUUUGUAAUGCUACCAUGGUCACUAAAUACCAAAUUAUUAAAAGUCAUUAUGCAAUUAUCUUACUUGUGUGAACUCUUUCCUUUUUGACCUCAGUCUAUUUCUUGCUGUGUUUCAGCUUAAAUAUAUUGUUUCUUAAUUGAAGGUCAGCAAACUGAGUUUGGUAGAUCUUGCUGGGAGUGAGAGAGCAGAUGCAACAGGGGCCAAAGGGGAGAGACUUAAGGUGUGUGAAUGUGUGCUGGUAGUACUACAUUUAUAAUCAUGGUAAUAGGACCAAGUGGAGUCCAGUUUGGCCUGUAAUCAUAAGUGACAGAGUGAUUUACAAAAUUAGACAACUGCAAAGUGGGAGUUUGAUUUGUCUAUCACAAGUACGAUUGCAGACAGAAUUGGCUGUUACCAAUUAAUCAUAAUUGUUACAAUUUCUGAAAAAAACUAAUAAAUUUAGGACAGACAUCUUCUGUCAUUUUGGAAAUUUCCCUUUUUUUCUGGAUUAGUUGUUGCUAUCAUGGUUAUUGUGAUUAAUUCUGCGAAUGGUGGAUUUAGCUGAUUUGUGAUUGGCUGCUUCAACUGUCCAAUUACAGGUGUCCAAUUGCAGCCAACUGUCAGAUUACACUGUCCAAUUAUAACUGUACAGGAUGAUUAGUGGAAAAUUAAGCAGCAAAUGUACCAAUCACAUUGAGGAAAUUGUAAUGGUUAUGAAUAAUCAAUUAAUACCAUCUUGGACACAAGUAUUGUCAGUGAUAAGGCAAAAAAUGAUUUUUGUUUCUCUAAAGAAAAACUUGUUCACAAAAACACCCUGGCUCAUAAAGUUCAAAAGAAUGUUUUAGUUGUCUGUGUGACUUUCAAUUAACUCCUACUAGCCAAGAUUUCUUCUCUUACACAUAUUCUUACUGGCGAUUAUCUGUUCCAUUUACAAAGUAAUACUCCUGGUGCAUUUUAAAAAAAAUAUCAGGGGGUAGGCAACAAUAAUCAUUACGACUUCCAUUAUUGUAAAGUGUGUUUUACCCAGGACUAUCUUCAAAUUGAAUUCGUGUCUGUUUGAAUAUUUCAGGAAGGUGCAAACAUCAACAAAUCAUUGACAACUCUUGGAAAGGUGAUAUCUGCUCUUGCAGAACAGGUGAGUAAUUGACAGUGGUGUUCAAUCUUUGAAAGGGGAAUAAAUUUAAAGUUAUCACACUUUUUUUUUGGAAAGAUUUCAAUUUGUAAAUCAAAUGAAGGGCCAGUCCAUAGUAACCUCCUUGUCACCACCCUUUUUGCUUUGCAGUCAUCUCAGAAGAAGAAAAGAAAAUCAGAUUUUAUUCCAUUCAGAGAUUCGGUUCUGACAUGGCUCCUGAGAGAAAAUCUAGGUACAGUCUGAAUUAUUUUCUAAUUGUGUUGAAUGUGCAUUUAAAAUUAUUUUAUCAAGCAGUGAGACAUGGCAAAUAAAAGGGCAAAGUGUCUAAAGAAACUUGUAUUGCUGUGUCGGUGGGGGAAAUUGCAAAAACAAUUUGGUUAUCAGUUGUGUUGAUAAUGUAAAUUGGCCACCAUGAAGAGUUUCUAGAGCUCAUGACUCACUCAUUAGCCCUUUGUCAGAGUGAAGGAGACAUGGUGGACAAGUUUACUACACAUUCUUUAUCAAAGACACUAGAAAGCUGAAAGAUAGAUAGAUGUGUUUUUACCACCUUGUAGGAUAAAGCAUUGAUAACAUUAGACUUAGUAUAAUUUUCUUGUUUAAUACUUUCACUCUCAAGAUCUCACCAGUAAUGAUUUUCUUUGUUGUCUUCCAAACAAUUUUAUGAAUUCAAGUUAGUACUAUAAAUUUAGUGUUGAAUCAAACAGCAUUCCAUAGCUGAUGUUUUUCUUUAUUCUCAUGAACCAUCAACUUGGUAAGUAAUUUAUAUUGUAAGGAGGAAGUAUUUCUUAGUAAAUUCUGGUGUAAGAGAUUUAUGGUGACUCUUUAGUACCUGCUACUACAAAUUGCAUAUAAUCCUGAGCCCACUAGUUUGUUUACCUUAAAGUUUAAAAAUAUGUAAACAUUGUGGUAGUAAAUCUUCCUUUUUUUUAAAACAGGUGGAAACUCAAAGACAGCUAUGAUUGCUGCAAUUAGCCCAGCAGACAUCAAUUUUGAGGAAACAUUGAGUACCCUGAGGUACUUAAACAUGUUUACUGCAUAGAUGUAGAAGCACUGAACAAAUGUGUCUGUUUUACAAAGUAUUUGUCUCGAGGUCUGAAAUAAACUUUAAUUUUUUGGGCUGGUGUCAGAUAGCAAUUGAACAUUUUGUUUCAACCUCAAGGUUAAAUGGCCAAGAAAAGAUUUAUUAGAACUCUAGGGAAAAACUCCCAAGAUCACAGUUGUAAUUCUCCUUACUGUCAUCCAUUCAUUUCUUAAAUGUUGGUUCUAAGAAUUUAGUGUUUGGUCAAAAAAGUUUUAAGUUGAAUUGCCCAUGCUUUAUUUUAAUAGUUCACUGUGGUGCUUUGUUUUUUUGGUAGGUAUGCUGAUCGUGCAAAACAAAUUUUAUGCAAAGCUAUAGUCAAUGAAGAUCCCAAUGCCAAGGUAACUGAGAAAAUUAGCCAUGCUUUUAGACUUUUUUUAAGGAAGUUUGAAAUUCCUGUGUUAAUGAUGCUUUUUAUUUAACAAGUAAUUGAAUUUUGUGCAUAUAUACAACUCAAAAUAUUGUCAUUGACAAAAUGCAACUUACAACUGAGGCAGAGCUUAGAUAGCAGUACUGUUUAAUAAUUCCUCUAAAGCCUGUAUCCCAAAGGCUUUCAAACUUUUUACUUUCUGUUGUGAAGUUGCACUACCAAAGGCACAAGAACAUUAUAUUGUGGAAAGUGUGGCAAUUUUCAGAGUCUUCUCAUGAUUUUAAAAAUUAUUUCAGAUGAAUAUUUCACAUGCAUGUGAAAUUUUCCUUGUGGAAGGCAUGUGAAAAGCCAUAUUAAAACAUGUAACAGUACAGCUUGGCAAUGCAUAGUUCUAGAAAAUACUUCACAAAUUUAGAUUUGUCUAGUUAUUAAUUGAACAGUCGAUCUUGUUAAAGUAGUAAUUUUUAUUAUUAUUAUCAUUAUUAAUUGUUUUGCACUGUGCACAUUGUUACAUUGGACUGGCCUACAAAUAAGCAAGCUAAUCUAAGAAAAAAUUAUUACUGACAUGCAGUCAAAUAGUACUUACUGGAACCUACUACUAUUACUACUGUAGUGUGACUAAAUCCUGUCAUGAAUAUCACAAAUAUGAGAAUUUGAUAGAAUGUGUUUUUACCCAAUAUAGAUAAUUCGUGAACUAAAGGAAGAAGUGUCCAAACUAAAGGAGCUUCUGGUCAAUGAAGGCUACAAUCCUGAUGAUUUGCAAUGUAAGCUUAGUAUUUCUUACUAGAGAUGUGUUUCUCAGAUUUGUUUAUCAGUUGAACAUGUAUAUUUUUUUCUUGCAUUUUUUUUUUUUAGUCUAGUACACAAUGCUCUUUGUGUGCUUUUUUAUGUAGAAAAUGAAAGGGAAGUAGUAAGAUGAAUCAUUGUUUCCUUUUCUUCUGUUUAAAUCUUUCUUUUUAUUAGGGAGUCAGAUUUUUUUUUUCAUUUUCCAUAGUAAUACCACCAUCAUUAUUAAUAAUAACUCAUGAUUAUAUUCAUAUUAUGUUGCUGUACUUUCUAUUUUUUUUAUUUUAAUAAUGUUCAUUUUCCAUUACAGUCUUUUUUAUUUCUAAUUUUUUUUUUUAAUAUUUGUGAAACUUUUUCUUAUGAUUUAUUUCCAAAUACACAGCUGUGUUAAGGCAAGGGUCUACACACUUACCAAGGAGAUACAGUCAAGAAUUCCAUGAUGGAACCCUAGAGAGACUCAAGGUUAGAUUCUUCCUCUACCAGUUGCUGGACACAUUGCUUAACCCUUUAAAUUCUAAGAUCUGAUUGAUCAUUUUCCCUAUCUUGCUGCUAAACAUUUCCUUGUAAAUCAGUAACAAAAAUAUGGUGUUAAACCAAAGUAAUGUCUUCUAUCUUGUAAGUUUGAAUUUUCUCAUUACAUGUUUGCUGGAUACUGAAUGGAUAUUUUUGGGAGAAAUUACAUGUUAAUCACUCCUGGAAGCUAAGGGGUUAACUCCUAUUGGUUACCAAAAUAGAAUUUCUCCUUACAAUAUCAAUAAGAUAUCAAGCACACAGGUGAUGAGAACAAAGAAAAAUAAUCAGUAAGGGGACUAAUAGUUGAUCCAAUACCAAAUUCUCCUAAACUAUAAGAAUUGUAUGGCAGACAGUAAGGAGAAUUAAUAAUGAGAUCUUGGGAGUGAAAAGUUUAAUUGAGACAAUAAAAAAGGGGCAACAGAAGAAACAAACCAUAUUAAUUUGCGCCCUCUAUGAUCAAGUUUGCAAAUAUUUUUUUUGCCAGUGUGAUAAUUUUCUUUUAUUACUUUGUGUUAAACUCGUCAGGCAUCUGAGAAACUGAUAGCUGAACUAAAUGAAACUUGGGAAGAGAAGCUUAGGAAAACAGAAGCCAUUAAGCAAGAGAGGUGAGUUUGAAAUUUUGAAAUGUAGAUAAGGGUAUUUGAAAUUUAGUUUUUUGUUUGACUCUUAGAAAUGUCAUGUUUGUAGGGGGGGGGGGGGGGGGUCAAAAUUGGUGGGUAAUGUUUUCUUCUAAGUGACUAAUAAGUUCUUUUGUUGGUAUCAGCUAAACAAUAGCUAUCCAUUGAAAAGUUGUUUUCAAUGGAUGUUAAAUAUUUAACUACCAAUGAUUGGAUUAUUAUAUGAAGAACUUAGGCUAAGUUUCUUUCUUGUUUUAGAUUCUUUUGCAUAUUCAUUGUAAAUUGCAGAUAAAGUAACUUUGUUUUCUCAAUCGGUCAACAGAGAGGCAAUGUUAGCAGAAAUGGGUGUGGCCAUCCACACUGAUGGUCAUACAGUUGGACUGUUUCAGCCAAGAAGGGUGAGUAAUUUAAUGACUGUAAUUGGUUGUACAUGGUCAGUAUACGUCGAAUAUUUAAAAGUAAUUUCUUAUCACUAUAAAAAUUUUUUUUUUAUUCAAAUUAUUUGCAUUUCUAAUGAAAUUGGCGCUGCGUCGGUAUCUCAGGUAAUUUUGUCAACAACCAUUUUUAAAGUCACCGUAAAGGGUAAAAAAGUUUCGUCAAUUAACGCUCGAAACGUCAGCUUUUUACCCUUAACGGUGGCGUUUCGUAACAAACUAAAUCAUUCAAUAGUGUUUUGUAACAAAGUAAAUCAAUACUUCUGUAAUGAAGUUAGUGCAAUAGUCCUGUUGCUGUUUUUUUUUCUUUUCAGAGACCUCAUUUAGUCAAUUUGAAUGAGGAUCCUUUGAUGUCCGAGUGCCUUCUGUACUACAUUAAGGACGGAAUUACAAGGUGAUUAAACCACAUAUUUGAGCAUACAAGUUAUAACCUCACUGAUGAUAAGUGAUGCCUGUAACUGUUUUUUUUUUUAUGUGAGUGGCAAUUUCGAUGAAAUAACAGCAGUAGCAUAUCAAACCUAAUGAUUACAAGCAGUUCAUGAUAUUAGAAGUAUAUGUACAAGUAUUGUACCUUAUAAGGUGUGUAUUGCAAGUAGCGCAAUUUUUUUUGCGACACUUAGUUGAUUCUUUCGAAUACAGAGAGGAUUACUUAAACAUUCAUGAACUUGUUAAGUCUCGAUCGGAAGCACACAUAAACUUGUAGCCUGUGUGCACGCGCUCAUUCUUGGCGCUUCGGCACGAUCGUUUCUUCACGCGCAGGAAAGUACGGGAGCCUUGAAAAACACCAACUAGAAACCUAACCCAAAACCCAAGAGGUCUGUAAGGGGUCUUGCACUUACCAUUAGUGCUAAUGAUAAGGCAAAUGAAUAGAGGGGGAAAGUUUCUAAAGAAACUGUGAUGCUGUGUCGGAGGGAGAGUAUACCAGGGUAAUUAAGUAUUAUCAACGUUAAUUGGCCAUCAUAAAAUGUUUGAAGGCUGAUGUUUCGAGCGUUAGCUCUUCGUCAGAGCAGACAAUUCCUCCAUUCACUCUGACGAAGGGCUAGGAAGGGCUUUUAAACUCUUUGCAGAGGCUAAUUUACGUUAUCAACACAGUUGAUAAUACUAACUUACCCCGCGAAUAAUAAGGACCUGCUCGAACGCAAUAAACUUGUUAAAACUGUUAUUUUACUGCCUUAGAGUUGGCCAAGCCAUGGCAAAGAGUCAUCAAGAUAUUCAGCUUAGCGGGGAGAAUAUUCUUGAUGAGCACUGCGUCUUAGAACACACCCAAGGUGAGUGGACUCUGAAGAUUUCAUGUUAUAAAGGUUGAUACUUCUUCAAGCACGCUGGCCAGGAAUGAUUCUCGCUUCAAUUCGUGAACGUUUUCGUUUUAUUAAGAUCUUCUCGUUGUACGAAAUUUGCGAGAUUUCGUCGCAAGUUGAAAAACUAUUGCUGUAAUUAAGUAAGUUGAAAUUCGAUUACCCUUGAGAUUAGAGGAGAGAGUUCAUACGUUUCGUAACAAACACCAUAGUAGCUUUUGGUGUUCUAAUGACGGUAGCAUUGUUGGCAACGUCAAGAGCAGUUAAGGAAAAAGGACGAUGAAGAUACUGCUAUGAUUAACAUUUGUGCUCUUGCCCUGUUUAUUGCAGGUGUGGUGAAGAUAAUUCCUUGCGAGAACAGCCGUACAUUCGUCAAUGGAAAACUGAUAACAGAAUCUACAGUGUUGAGAUCAGGUAAAUUUUGCAAUGAAGAAAUAAACUUCACUGUAUAAUUGUUUUCUUGUAAUUUUCGUUUGGACAGUAUUCACUUUGUGUUCCUCAUACUCAGUUGUUCUUUACAAUUGUAUUUUUCAGGGGCUCGUAUCAUUCUCGGAAAUAAUCAUGUAUUUAGAUUUAAUUUUCCCGAUCAAGGUAGGAUGUGAUGGGUAUUUUUUAACUUUCUAAGCUACAAUUAGUGUUCGUUAUAACCUAUAGGGCGACGCGGCGGCUCAGUAGUUAGUAUACUGGACUCCAGGUGGAGAAAGGUCUGGGUUCGAGACCUGGCCGGGGCAUUGUGUUGUGUUCUUGAGUAAAACCGUUUACUUUCACUCUUUAAGUAUUCACUCUUUAAACCCUGAGGGUGACCAGCAUCUAAUUUCUCCUCACAGUAAUAGGGCUGAAUCAUUCAUCAAGAUCAUGAGAAUAAAGGAAAUGAUCGCCAACUAAAGAAACUUUGAUUGUUAAACAAAUUCUCCUCGUCAACACUAAAGGAAAUGUAUAGAGAAGAGUAUGGAGAAUAUGGAUACUGAUGUUAGGGUGUAAAGGGUUAAUGGGUACUGGUAAAUUCCCAGGGAAGUCUGAUGGAAUGCUAAGGGGGGGGGGACCAUGCGAUGCCCUGGCAUCCCAACCAGGCGGGAUAAAAUGAUGUUAAAAUAGUUGGAGACGUUUAUUCUGAUGACCAAUCGAAAGGAAAUAAGUUUGAAUUUUUUGUUUAUGCCUUUGUCUCGGACUGAAAACAUUCGUACUUCGAGUGUUUUAUGAUUUCGUUGUUUUAUUGACUAGCUGUCUUGGCGUUGUUUGUAUGUUUUCCAAGAUUACUAAAUUGCUGGUUGUUUCCUCUCUUCACUGUCAUUUAGCCCGUGAGGAGCGAAUUCGUCAGUCUCGAGGGAAUCUUCUCGAGGACAUAAAUGGUAGGUUACAGCUUUUGGUAACAUUUAAGCGACUGCAAAUAGAGUGACUCAGAACUUAGACUCCUUCGUUUUCAAUGCUUGUCACGCAAAAUAUCAUUAGGGCGCCGGUAAAAACUUAUAAAGAAUAUAAGUAAAGACGCGAGAGACACUCUUGCGAUUUGUUGUUGUUUUGCACCCUGAUAGGUUGAGAGGAUGGUGUGUAAUUUUUUAGACCAAUCACAGAGAGAAAUAGAGCAAAACCAAUGAAAUCCAGGAUUACUCUAAACAAUCAAUGUAAAAUUUCUCUGGAGAGCAGCCACUGAAUUAUUGAAAGUCCGGCUAGAACUCUUCGCCGUUUUACAAGCUCCUUCACCUUGAUUCCCAGCGAAAACUGAAGACUUUAAGGAGAUGAACCCAUUAGUAGAUUACAUGUAUUUAAAAAUUAUCUCAAAAAUCUGCUCAAUUAAGUUAUUUUUCUACUAAUGAACAGGAAAAAGUGAGGGUAAGGUAGAGGAACCCGUGGACUGGUCAUUUGCAGUAUUGGAACUGCUAAGAGAACAGGGUUGGGAUGUUAAAGAGAUGAAUGAAAGGUAUAGCUUUUAUUUUAUUUUAGCUUUUGAAUAAUCGCUAUAUGUUACUUGGAACUCAGCGUUUUUUUUUCCUUAACAAGGGUGGUUGAGUUAGAGGAGCAAAUCAAGAGAGAAAAAGAUCAAGCGGAUUUACUUUUAGAGCAGCAGAGACUGGUAUGGCAAUCGAAUAAUUUAUGUUAAUCGUAAAUGCUGUGAUUGACUGAACCACUUAAGCGAUGUGCAUCUCCCUGAGUGACUGAUAAAUUCUAGGACUUAUUCACUGACUGUUUAUCUGUCCAUCCGUCUGUCUGGCCGGGCGUUUUGAACUGUUUAUAUGGUUGUGUAAGACACGUGUUUCGAAAACUCACGUUUCUGAAUAGUUUUUGUUUGUACAAGUCAUUGAUUUUCACUUGAUUUACCGGUGAGACACAAUUACUAAAUUACAGAUAUAUAUACAAUUUCUGACACGUCUAAUUAAGUUUUUUACGUUUUCUUGCUACUAUUACCUAAUAAAUGUAGUCGAUUAGAAAGACAAGUGAUUAAAUUCGGACACCACCGUCUAAAAUCGGACACUCGUGUCUAAAAUCGGACUUAAGUGUCUAACAUUGAACACUAGUGUCUGAAAUCGGCCACUAAUGUAUAAAAUCGGACGCUAGUGUCUGAAAUCGGACACUAGUGUCUAACAUCGGACGCUAGUGUGUAAGUCGGACUCUAGCGUCAAAAAUUGGACACUCGUGUGUCAAAAUCUGACACUAUUGUCCAAAGUCAGACAUUUAUAAAGGAUUGAAUGAAAGACUGCCUACACAGUCAACUAGCUGGUUCAUUAAUUGACGUAUGGACUACCUAUCGGGUUAAAAUAACCCGACAGGCCAACUAACUAAUUUGAAGGACUUACUGAGGUGUUGAAUUUGAUGAAUUGAGGGACGCACAAACACAACUUAAGCUAUUGACCAGAAUCAGCAAUAAUUUUUGGGUUAGACCAACAUUGAAACUUCCAACUAUAUCUUUGUACUUUUUUCUUCACCUAGACCUAUGAAACACGACUGCAGGAACUUCAGCGGCAGGUAAUCAAACUAACUCGUCCCUUUAAGUACAAUAAACAAUCAUGAUUUGACAAGUUUUUGUCCUUUGCUAUCUUUCAACAUCGAACAGACUGGUAAUCCAAUGUCUAAAAUGCUUUUGGUUCUAAACAGACUUGAAUUUUCUUUCUAAACUUAGGUAUUCAUAGUAUAGUAUGAGAAGGAAGGGUUGAUAAUUUAGGAAAAAGAAAUGGCAUAACUUCAUGCAGUGGUCAACUUAAAACAUUGAUUUUUAAGUUAAGAAUAAAUAAGGUCUGACUGGUCGUCGUCGGAAGUGAAGUAGCCAAUUUUUCCAGAGUCUCGAUCUUAAUUAAAACCAUAACCUUAUCACAUUUUGUCUAAAAUAGUAAACUACUAAAUUUGAUAAUACUAACGAUAAAUGUAGUAAAGAUAGAUUAAGCAUUGUUCCUAAGUAUGAUAAAUUACUUUAAGACAUUGUGGUGCCUGCCAGUCUCGUUCCUAGGCGAUCUCGUCCAAUCGCGAAAGAGCUCAUCUUCGUGAAAGUGGGACCUGAGAUCAUCAUUCAAGAGAACGAGAAGAGAUCGCCUGGUUACUAGGCUGCAGGAUACUUGUGCACUGCCCGGUGAAACAAAUAGAUAUCUUUGCUCUGUAUUUUCUUAUUCUCCUUCUCUCUUUCUCUCUUUCAUCUUUUAGAAGGUUUCUCUGCACGGUUCUUCACGUAAAAAGAAAAAACUCAUGUGGAUCUUUCCACAAUCAAAAACAGCACAAUUUCUCUUUUCUUCGAAGGAUACUCGCCGUGUUCGUCACGGACGGGCAUCAACUACUGAAGGCUUUGCCAAGGUACUUAAUGCUUCGGUUGGAGGAAAUCUGGUAAUAAAUCGACAAGAUCUCUUUUUUUUUUUUACAGACUGCCGGACACAAGCUGGACUUUAAAAGUCUUAACUCUGAGUUUAUUAUAUAUAUUACUGGACUCUACUGCUUGUUUCCAUCUUCCUUACACUUCAGUCAUUCUGUAGUUGUUAAUAGGUAAUUUUUUCUUCCACACAUCUCUGUGAGUGCCAGGUCCCAAGUUGCCCAAUCAGUACUUUGACUGCUUUCUAUGAUCGUUUUAAUGUUAUUACUCUUUCGUUUAAUUGUUCUGACAUAAACGCGAGAAAAGGCAGACGGGAGAGCAGCUAGAGCUAUGUUGUUUUUUCAUCUCGUCUGUCUUGCAGCACAAUCACGCCCCUCUCGUUGCUUUAAUCUAAACUUGCAAGCUUAAACUGAAAAGAUACCCUUAGGAACUCGAGUAAAUUUCGUUAAAAAAAAAACGUCGAAAACUGUGGCCAUGUUGCAGUUAUAAAAGCAGAUAGCUGUCGCGAACCAAGUUAAAUUUUAGCAGGUACAAAGCGUGAUGAGGUAAUUUUGUAGGAAUUUGUGUCGAUAUUGUAACAAGAAAGCAGAUAUUACCAAUCUUGGGGUUUAAAGAGUUAUGUUUUGUCACGGCACGUUUAGAAGGAAACAGCCGUUAUAACCUGUGUUUUCUCAAAACACUUAAUGUCCUCAUCUACAAUAAAAGACAUAUUUGAAUAUUGCCAAGUGUUGCGGACGUAACCACAAAAAAUUAGUAAAUUGAGUGAAUAACUGUAAAAAAGUCGAUGGUAAACGAGAUUGUAAACGUAACAUUUGUUUCCAGAGUUAUUUUUUACGUGUACACUGUAGUACCUGACUUCUCUCUGUUUAUUUGUUGCGUGAUGUAAACACAAAGUUAUGUUGGUAGAGAUCUCAAAGGCCAUCUACUUGGGUUGUUGUUGGCUCAGUAUCUCUGAGUAGUUUUGGAAUAACUCCAUAUUCACUCUGAGACUUGUGAAGGAUUUUCUAGUGUAUGGGAACAAACCGCUGGUGAAUUGAUAUGUUUUUUUCUUGCUUUAUAUAUUUCUGAGUUCUUGAGUAGGAGACUUCUUUAUAAAUUUCUUAAGAGAAACCUUUGAGAAUUUUUUGUCACACAGAUGGAUCAGUCGUCAGUACCAUCCAGUGAAUCAGUGGACAGUGACAUAGAUGUCGACAGUUUUGACAGUGAGAAUCGUUUUCUUAUACUUUCUCACUACCUUCCUUCAGUUUUUGUAACACAUGUUAACAUGUUAGGGUUGAGGCCUGUGCCCCUCCUAGGACGAGGAAGAUUGGCGAAAUUGAGUGAAACAAGGACAAGAACACGUUCGUGUUGAAAACUUGAGACCAAAAUGUCCCUAUAUCAAUUCUUAGAUUGUCACCUAGAUUGAAGAAGAAGAAGGAAAAAGUCCUGUGGGUGUCUGCGAGUUUCCUGCAGCAGAGUUAAAAUAUUUGCAAGUAGAUUUGGGCAAAAAAUUUUGUGAUGUGGCUCACAACACUUUUCUGUUGUCAACACUCGAACUGUUUUUAGAACCACAAAAAAUUUGCUGUUCAGCCUACAAGUGUUUACUAGAAUCCGACUAUAAAUAUUGUAUUUUUGUUUUUGUUUUUGUUUUUGUUCUUUUUUAGUUUUUCUUAGUCCACAAAUUUUUAGACUACAAGUGUUUGUUGUAAUUGAUUAUAAUAUUGUAAUGAUUUUAGGCGUAUACAGGGCCCCUCUGGACAAUAGCCUUGUAGCUGAAUGGGCCACCCUGUUUUAAAUAAAGUUCACUUACUAAAUGUGAGUAACAUUAGAAUCUGUUGCGAUGGCAACCUCUUAAGAGAGCUAACGUAACUAACAAGAAAUUUAAUUUCUUACAGGCGAGAGCCCGCUGACCGAACGCGAACUCAACUUAGCGGAAGUGGUGAUUGACAAGUGGAGAUGUUACGUAUGCACAUCACUCAGGGUUGGUUUGAAUAUGUAAUAGCUGCUUGCAAUCUUUAUUUACAUGUAAAUGGAAUAAGAGAAGAAAAUUAUACAAAGUUUAAGUUUAGGCCAGUUUCUCUGACUGAUAGAGAAUAACAAGUUAGCUUGCCUUUCCUUCUCUCUUGCAUAAAAUGCUUGAAAGAUUAAUAAUAAGAGGCCAUUCAUUACUGCUGUAUACCUUAAUUUGAGCUUUGUAAUCAUUGUUUGAAUUUCAGGAUGACUUGUUGAGUCAUGCAGUACUGUUGAAAGAAGCAAACGCCAUCAGCGUAGAGUUGAGGAAGAAGGUAAAACCUUGAAUCAUAAACCUGUGCAUCCUAAUAUCGGUAAACAUAUUCUCCAUACUGUUCUCCAUACAUUUCCUAAGGUUCUGACAAGGAGAAUUUGUUUAACAAUCAAGAGUUUCUUUAUUUGGUGAUCAUUUCGUUUGUUCUCCUGACCUUAAUGUGUAAUUCAAGGGUGAAAGGGUGAAAUAGCGACCUUAUUCUGAGUUUUUAUCAUUGGUUUAUCUUUUUCGCCAUAGCCCUUAGCAAACGACAGUAGGAUUUUUUUCUUUUUAUUUUGUAUUUUACGGCGAUGUUUAUUUUGAAAGGACUAAGAUUUCCAAUCACUGGAACAGGGUUUUCCUCGGUCGUUGCACUCUAUCUUAAAUAGGAAAAACGUUUUCAAAGCUGAUUUCAACUCCACAAGGUCCUCAGUGAAGACUUAAACUUUAUCUAUCAUUUCAGGUGGAAUUCCAAUUCACAUUAUUAACAGACACACUAUAUACUCCCCUUCCAUCGUUUCUUUUGAGUGAUGUCAAGCACAAGGAUAACCCCACCGUAUUGGCUGUGGAGGUCAAAGACAUGAAACAUGGCGCCUCACACUUCUGGUCGCUUGGAAAGCUACGGUGAGGACUAGGUCAAAACACAAUCAAAAUUUUUGUUUAACAAAUGCCACAAAUAACACAACUUAUACAGUUGUUUCUUGGACCAGUUCCUGGACACAAAUUCUCUGGGAAGUUGACUCUCUUUCUAACAGGAAUCAUGUUAGCCUUUCACGAAAAUCUGUUUUUUCGUCCUAGCGUUACAAGAGAAUUUAUACGUCUCUCUCUCUUAAAGAGGGGUUCCUUUUGGUAGAGUGUAUUUUGGUACUUUGAUAGACUCAAAUUUUCUUUCCUAUUCUGCAAAGUUUUGCAAGGGGCUUGUUAUAAUUCGUUGCCUCUGGUAAGAGGAAGGUUCUCAUCAAAUGUCACUUGAUUGUCUAUGUCAAACCUUGUUUUUGAUGAAAUGUAGAAUCUUCCUAUGUAAGAAAGUCUUUGUAGUUUCUAAACCUAAGUAGUAAUAGGUAUUACCUCUCAGCUGUUUUCAUUUCGACUCCUAGGGACCGACUGGAAGACAUGCGCUUUUUGUAUGACACCGCCGCAGAAACCAAUAGUAAAAUCUCCUUUGACUCUGUUGAUCCUUUCUACGAUUCACUGCCAUGGUUUAGACUGAUUGGGAGGUAUUUUAGCUCUAGCUUUUGAUUUAAGUUAUUCCUGCAGCUAAGAGUUUUUAAAAAAUUGUUAAAUAAUUUUUUUCGCCAUAGAAAAAAAUGAAAGAGAAAAUAAAAUCAUUAAAAUCAACUAUUUUAGGGAAAAACUUCCACCUUAGAGAACAAAACAUGGGUGCGCGUGGAUAUGGGAUUCUAGUUCUCUUCUAAUGUUCAACCCGGUAGCUCACGAGUGAGUGCAACGAAUGAGUAAGACUUCGAGUUGAACACGAGAAGAGACAUUCUAUAUCCACAAGCAACCAUAUAUUAUUUUGUGUAUUAUAUAAACACCGUAGGGCCUUGGAUUGAGAAUGAUGAACGCUUUGCCAUUCAUUCAUCAACCUGACAGAGUGGCGCGAAAGGCGAGUGUUUGCAUAUCAAACAAACGCAUAAAAUAUUAGCAUAACUUUACACGUGUGCAGUUACCGCUUUUUCUUAAGGCUGUAAACCUUGUAAGACACUGCAGUGUAUACAAUAGUAGACAUCAAUUUAAGAGUCGAGUACCUUCAGAAAGCUUUUUGUCUGCAUCAUUUUUGGCAACAGAUCGUUUGUAUACCUGAGUAACUUAGUGUUUGGUGUUCCACUGGAGCAAACGGUGCCGAUUGUGAGUGAACUGGGGGACAUACAAGGAAAUCUAUCCAUCAACAUUCAGCAGUGCACUGGUACGGAAUCAUACUUAUAAAAAGCAGUUGUUUUAGGUUGACCUUCUUUAGUCCUCCUAGAUUUAAACCUUAAGUUUCAAGGGAUAACGGUCAUCAUGUCUUGUUCUUGGACAUCGCACUUUACUCACACAAUGCCCAGGCUCUCUCAAAAAGGCUUCCACGCCAGCAGCGAAGCCAUUAGAUAUGAGCUGGCGAGCGAAGCAGGUCGGCACGAAAUGAGAGCCCUUCCCCCUCCCCUGUAACCCCCAUUCUUUCCCCCCCCACUUAGAUUUGGCUCGAUUUUUCCAGCCUACUUGUCUCUCGAGGCUCCGUCGGUCGUGCUGCAGCGCUUAUGAAAAUCUGCUCGCACGGAAGGGAGAGCAGGAGCUUCAUGUUACGGAAACCCGGGGAGGCUUUACGGAUCAAUAUCAGUAUCUGGGCAACUGCCCACUUACCCCUCCCCUAACCCAACAUCAACCCUAACUUGUUAUCAAUUGACUGUUGUUGAGUUAGGGGAGGGGUAGGUGGUCAGUUACCCAGAUACUGAUAUUGAUCCGGCUUUACCAAUGGUUAGAUAUAAGGAGACUGAGCCUUUUGACCUCAGAACGGUUCUUAAUGCCUACCUUGUUUCUUUCGCAGAUCGUGACACUUGGCAGGUAGACGAAACGAGUCGCUCUUGGGUACUGUGGUUAGAAUUUCCUUCUGAUGAUCACGAACAGAAGAGUGAGAACGAGGUGAAAUAUGGUCUGCAAUAAAUAUUUUUAAUUAGACUCCUAACUUUUUGUUUCUAGUAAGUGUAACUGAAUAACGAGACUUUACGUGUUUGCAGUUGUACUCCACGAAGUGAACUCUGUGUAUCAUGUCACUCUCUGAGUCAGUAAAGUACAGAGUCUUGUCGAACCGACUCGGAUGUUACGCUUGCCUUCUUUCAUUUAUCAUCAUUGAGAAAGUACGAGGAUGGCUCGGCCAACCUUUACUCCUAUGUCACGCUUUGUUCAAAAUCAUACGUUUGAGUGAAUACUUCUAAAUUUUCUGAGCCAUCUUUAGAGCCGCUGUUGCUUCUUAGCGAAUGGCCUUUGAAUAGAUUAAAAUCUUGAAAUGAAAGUUUCCUGCGAACGGGGUAAACUAACAACAAAGAACUAUUUACAGGGGCUCCCCUAGGUCCUUAACCAAUCAGAGAGCAGCAUGAGGUAAUAUCGUUAUCACUUACGCCAUUUUGGAUUAAUACAGAAAUCUGUUUUGUCCAUUACACAUUUCCGUUGUUCCAUCUGCUCGGUUAACCCUUUUAACUCCCAGAUCAAAUUUGUAGUUCUUCUUACUGUCAAUCGUACAAUUCUUAUAAUGUUGGUUCAGAGAAUUUAGUAUUGGAUCCACUAAUUAUCCUUAAAUUGAUAUUUUUCUUUAUUCUCAUCACUUAUCUGGUUGAUAUUGUAUUGAUAUUGUAAGGAGAAAUUCUGUCUUGGUCACUCAUGGGAGUUAAAGGGUUAAGAGCCCAUCGGAGCCUCUACUACUUCUCAAAGAGGUCAGAAAAGAAGCACAAAAGAAUGAACAUGGUUUGGGGUGGAGAAGACUGAUAAACACGAUUUGCAAACCAUGAUGUAUCUGAAUUCUUCAGCGGGAAGUAGAAGAAGCGGUUGAAGCAGACGAGGUGCAGGAACCUCCAUUUUCCAAGGGGACACUUCAUGUCGGCCAGCCUUAUGUGAUUAGCAUCACUGUAAAGCAGGCUCAAGGGAUUCCAACUCAAUACACGGAUGUAUUCUGUCAAAUAAGGUGAACUGUAAGAUUUGUGUCUCGAGUAAAAAAUAUUUGCAAACAUGCGUUUAGGUAUUUCCAAAAAUUAAAAAAAUAGCCUGCUGGCUUUGGUGACGAGGUUUGGUUAUUUGUAGGUUUUUGUGCAGUGAAGAAGAUGAAGGAUUUUCCACGGAGCCCGUUACCAACAAACAAAAUGGCGGUCCUCUGGGUUUCUACUAUAAUCAAAAGGUAUUAGAAUUGCAUGAUAGUUUGACGACUAUGUGUUUACUUCGUCGAUGUUGGCUUGACUCUUCUGUAAAUGUCUAGACUGUGCACAGUCCCUCCUUAUCGGCGAAGUCCAUCGCGCGAGGCCAAAAAAGUCAACGAAAAAAAGUGGUGGCUUGUGCGUCCCGGGAAACUCUGGUAGAAAAGCGCCUCGCUCUCCGGCAGAGUUCCACGCGGGGCCCUUUUUUUCGCUGAUUUUUUUGGACUCGCGCGGUGAACUUCGCCGAAAGGGAGGGACUGCUCGUAGUCCGAUAAAUGUUUCUUUCAAUGAAAACUUAACGACAUAGUUGGACAUCCGUGUAUAACUGGGGAAAAGCUUAUGUCUAGUAUUACUAUUUUUUAGAAUGGAAGUAUUUUUUUUGUCGUGUACAGUUCGACCAUAUUGCCUGAAGAAGAUGAGCCGUAUGCAAUCGAAACUUCGCGAUGCACAUCGGAAUUGAUCACAUCGUAAGACAAACAGCAGCCCUAUACAUUACAAAUUCAUCUUUCGUUAGCUCCUGUUGCUUUCAAAAACCUGGCAACCUUGAUAGUAUAGCUGUUCCUGACGGAAAAUUUCAGGAAAAUAGAGCAGGUUUCACAGACGUUUUCUCCUUUUUAUAACAUCAGUUUCAACUCCUGUUCUUUGAUUCCUUAUAAGAUUGGCGUUGUUGUAACAAGAGAGUUCAUAGACUACAUCAGCACCAGGCCCCUGCAGGUUGAAGUGUUCGGCCACUAUCAGCAUCACCCACAGCAUCAGUCAACUGCGCAACUUCCAAGGUUUGGUCAAGGGCAAAUUACCCUUAGUACUUCAGUUCAAGUAAUGAGAAUACAGAGUCUUAUAUUUUAACCUUUUCUGUUGUUUAUGGGUUAAAUACUAUGUUUUCUGGGCUAGAAAUGCUUCCCAGAUGGUAUGUCCAUUUGAGGGCACGUGUGGCAGUAGAGCGUCGGCAAUCCGUGAGAAGAAAAGAGUAAAUUUAGUAAAAAAAGCUGCUGUACUUUUUGUCACGAGCGUGGGAAAAAAAGAAAUCCUAGUCGCCCACGAGCACUCGACCCACAGAUAAUGAAAUUUCAUACUCUGAUGCUCUACCAUUGAGCUUUUGGGAACUCUGUGACGAGUUGGAUCAUUGCUGAAUUGAUAUGUGACAAGCGCCCCGCAAACAGCCAAAACCCACCAAAUGUGGAAAGUGCCCUAUCUUUUAAAACAACAAAGACUUUUAUAACUGAAACUCUCUUGAACUAAUUUAACUGCUUAGUAUAUUGUAGAUAGAUAAGGGAAUGGGCGCGAGUAGCUUCUUCUUUAGUGAAGUGGAGAUUCAUAACUAAGAAGGUGUUCUUUCAUUGUUGUAUGUUAUUUUUGUUCUGUCAGGGCCAUAGUGAAGGAAGGAGAAUUUAGUUCUAAAUAUCUGAAAGGUAACAAAUGACUCCGUGCCUUUUCCUUUUCUUCCGUUUUUUUUUCAUGAGUAUAAUAUUUGUUCUUUGAUUAAAACUGUGGUACAUUGCUCAACAAGCUUCUGCCAGUGGAAUAUCGAUUACUUAUGUAAGAUCGUUGUGUUUUUUUUCCUAUUUUAGAAUCUUCUCCUGCCUUACCUUUGCCAUAUCAACUCUGGUAAGGAAAUGUGAAUACCUUAGUAUUAGUUGACGCACACCGUUCUAAAACUGUCGCUUGUCUUUGCGUUGUAGAAACAGUUCAUUACAAUUUUUCUGGACUCAAUUGUUUAGCGAAGUGCAUUGUACUAAUUGUUUCCUUUUUAUGGUUCUUCAAAUGGCGUUGAACCUGUUUUCUGAAUACACCAAAUGAAGUGUGGUGUAUGACCUUUUUUUCUUUCUUUUAUAGUGACGAAGAAGGAACUCUUAAGUUUGAUUUGUUGGUCUGGGUUGAGGUCUUCGAAAUGUCACCGUCUGGAGAGUAAGUUUUGAAAUCCAAUCUAGGUCUAACUAAAUAGAUAUUUCUGUUUUCAAGAGUUCUUUUUUUCCUAAGGUACAUUCAUAACCCACCAUAAUUUUCUUGUUUUCAGCUAUUUUCCUUGUGUUGUGAGGCGUAAAAAUGACACUCCUUGUGGUGGAGUGUUCCUUCUUCAUCAGGUAUCGUUUUUUAAUACUUAAGCGUAACAAAUUUUCUCGUGAUUUAUGCCUCUCACUUAACAACUUCGACAUCGUUUGCAGACCCGAGGAAGGUAUGGGAAUUCAAGAUAAUAACCAUUGUUAGUAAAUUUGUUAGUAGCCUUGUUUAUAAUGAGAUUAUUCAGUGCAAAUUUUCUCACAGAGCGAUGGUGUUGAUGAACAGGCUUUGACUGAGGAUUUUUUUGUCUUCAUUUCCAGGGAAUUCAAAGGCGUCUUGUUGUUACAAUAAUUCACGAGAACUCUAUGGACAUCAGAAUCAGAAAAGUCACAGAACUUGCUGUGGGUAAGCGAGCUGUUUAUUCAUGCGAUAUGACGCCCUUUCGAUUUAGUGCUUUUAAGCAAAAACCUAAACAAAGACCGCGGCCAAAGAGAGCAAAUGGAAAUAUCUCAACGAACAACUAAUAACUCAACGUAAAUACUUGGAACUGGCCGGAAAACUCAAGUGACCAAGUCGUAUAGCUUUUGGUCGUAAUAGUGGUGAGAGUUUCCUAAACCAAUAACAUAACGAAGUUUAGGAAAACUAAAGCAAUCACUGAUGACUUUCGACAUUCAAUCGAAAAGCUGCCCGGUACUUUCUCGGUAUGCGAUUUCUGGACAACAGGCCUUAGUAAGUGGCUUAGGCUGAGCAAGGAAUGUAAGGUGGAUAAAGAACUUCUUACUCAUAAGUCAUAUUUUUCCCAACAAAUUGCGUAAAACUCGGUAUUUGAAAAACUAUAAACAGUUUACCAAAUAGUACAAGAGAUUAAGUACUAGCUUGAGUUUUCCUUUUGUGAUCAUCCUCACUGCUGCCUCAACGGACUUCCUACUUUGUUCAACGAUGAUUGAUAUAAGAUUAAAGAUCGCGUGAGAAACUUACCCUGAGUUUAUUGGUUGCCUUACAGGUCGUGUACGUACAGCUCUCACCCCUCCCCCUGCUGGGGAAAGUUCAACUCACACCGUUUCACUGAACGUGCUGUCACCCCAAGUCCAGUCCCACCCGGAUGAAAACAGAUGCGUAUUUAGAUUUGAAGCAGCCUGGGACUCGUCACUUCAUAACUCCAUUUUACUGAACAGGUAAACCGCUGGAAUUGUGUGUAAGUUGGUCUUGAGACUCAUUAACCUUACCUAAUUCAUGUAUGCCACCUUGCAGGGUGACUCCGCCUGGAGAGCUUGUGUUCGUUACCAUAUCUGCGUACCUUGAGGUUGGUUUUGUUUUUCUUCUUAAAAAUUGGAAUUUGUGUAGUUAACUUGGAGUACAGUGACUAACUUUAGUUUUACUUCUUUGGCAAAUAAACGGAAAUCGUUACUUGGUGCUCGUUGAGAUGUCAUCCCACGAGUUGCGAAGAUUCUUGCAAUUUUUUACUCAUGAAUUCCUUUCACCGGCAGCUCGAAAACUGUUGCCAGACUUCAUGUCUCACAAAGGAUAUUCCUGUUUGCGUGUUUGGAAGGGAUUCAAAAACCUCCUCAAGGUAAGUAAACUACAUAAUUGUAAUUUUGUCUGUUUCUUCAGCAUUCAGGACUUCAUUUUAAGUCUUAUCGAGAGUUUUAUUUUGUUGAAUUGCAGGUCUGUUUGGAGUUUGUUCGGUUCUUCGCGACGUCCUGAAAAGUAAGUCUCUGUAUCAGCGUUUGCAGUGUAGGAAACUGCUUUAAUUUUUUUAAAUUUCUGUAAUCUUAGUAAUACUUUUAUGUUUAGUGUUAACUUAUGUAAUCGAUUGUUCUUGUCCUUUUUUGCAGUGAUAAACUCAGCGAUAUUUUUGAGCUGGUUUUCCAUCCCGCUGAUGAGCACGGCCAAUGUAAGUAACUUUGUUAGGGAAUUUUCAAUUAAGGUUCGAAACCAUUCAACAAUUGCAUUGCUUUAAAUUUUUCCUUACCGAGCUAGAAGUUUUCAGAAAUUUUGCACUUCCUCUCAAUCAUCAGAUGCGAGACUGGAAGCAAUUUUGACUUGUUCUGUCAUGUUUUACAGCAUUUCAGGCAGUUUACAUGUAUUUUCUCUGAGUUCUUUUUGAUUCCCUCCAAACUUGCUUUUUGUCUCCGUUGGCUGUAGUGAUUAUUUUGCUUUUGAAUUACUGACAGAAAGUAAAGCAAUGCUCUAUCCACCGAUUCGCUUUUUCAAUUCUGAUAUAUCAGAGUGAGUCUCGUUCCCCAACACCAACAAACCAUGUUGUCUCUUCCCGUAUCCUUGCUUGGAGGCUGUUAAUGUGAUCGAAGUAUGUUCCUGUUUGCGUAGUAAUGAAGACGAAGAAGAGAGCUGUGAUCGACACUUCGAGUAUUUACGUGAGAGGAGAAGAAAACCUUGGAGAAUGGAAACCGAGAGGGAUAUCACUCCUUGAUGAACAUCAGUCACAUUUAGACAAACUGGAGAGAAUUCAGGAGGUAAGAGCUGUUAGCCACAGCCUCCUACUCAGGUUUCGUGCAUGCGCUUCGCUCAGCGACGUUUAAAAGGCAGCGCGGGGUCCAGCAGAGACUAAGUCGGACUAAGGUCUGACAGAAGGAAUCGUUGCUUAAGACCUGAGGCAGAAUGAAAUUACAUUUGUAAGGCGGCUUGUAGGAAAUGACUGGGAGCUAACGCAAAUCGAAAACAAGUUUUCAAAAUUCCUAGAGCGAAGGUAGCUUUAUAUCAAACUCUUUUGAAGUGAUAGCCGUGACGUUACCUCUCUUAUCGCAAUCUGUACUUUGGAACUCUUUCCCGUUUGAUUUCAGUCUCUUCGUUCGGAUGGUUCCAUUUGUUUCUGACACGAGCACCCUGGAUAGCCAUUCAUUUCGGCUUCAGUGGGCUUUGUCCAACCUUUCAACGACCAGUUUGUGAACUGAUCUUGUGGUAAAUACUUUCGUGCUCUUCCCAGGUUGGUAAAGCUCGUCACAUCCUGUGCCUUGGUGAGACACUCAUGGCCUCAGACCGUCCCGACAACGUGUUGGUUGAUCCGGGAAUUUUCUCAGCCGGUAGUACAUAUUCAAGCCGGAGUAGCCUGGGUUCUAUUUCGUUAUCUUCCUCGUUUCUAUCAGUUGCGUCACUUCCGGCUGGGAAGCCACUGCGUUUUACAAGAGAUGUCAACCCAGAGCAAGUCAAAGAAACCUUGAUAAAAAAGGUAACGGAUGGCUAUUUUUCUUUUUUGUUAAUGAAAAAAAUGAAAAAGAAUUAAAAGGAGAGAUAAAUUGCGCAAAUAGUUAAUGAACCUACGAUUCUAUCUGAGGUUACCAAGACGUCUUCCUGGAAAUUCUUUGUAGCGAAGGCUGUUAGUGAAAAGAUAAACUAAAGUGUUACGAUAGAAGUCAUCUUUUUAACAUGAUUUGACUUUUCUUCCGUGUUGGUUUGCAGUGUCUUCGUCUCCUAAUGUGGAGAAAGGACUUGUGUGAAGCUAAAGCUUUGGUGAGUGAGUUAUGCAUAAUCACCUUUGGCGCGCUGUAUUUUCUUUACUAAGAGAUAAAUUAAGGUGGUGCUAAUGUAAUUGUGACAGUACUUAGGGUUACAGUUGCAGCGUGUCGCUUAAUAGUUAGACUAAACUCCCAGAGGUGAUUAACACUUAACUUUUCCCUUUAAUAUCCAUACGUUAUAUAUCAAACAGGAGAAGAGAUUACUCAAAGGUUUCAGGUAGAAGUUGUAAUCUUGGUCUAACACCAUAUUCUCGUAACUUAUUUACAAGGAAUUAAAGGGUUUCCCCUAUAUCAAGACUCCUACAGAAAGCCAUUUCUCUUUCUCGUAUUUUGUAAUACAUGUCUUGAGUUUCUCCUGUCCGUAGAGUCGAGCUCCUUCGUCAGAGGGCAGUGCAAGUGCGUUAGGAACACAAGAAAAAGAACAAGAAGAUGAAUCUAAAGUGGAGUAUUACGUACCAGAGGUGUCGCUUGUCAGGAAAAAGUAAGUAAUUUUUCACCAUGAUUUUUUUUUUAUUAUUAUUAUUAUUAUUAUUAUUAUUACUAUUAUUGCUGCUGCUGCUGCUGCUGCUGCUACUGGCCCCGAUGUUUUUCGUUUAGCGAUAGCAGGAGUGUUGCUCUGAGAGCGUUAAAAGUGUCCUUCAGGAAGAAAAAUGUAUCUGUGCAAUUGCGCACCUACUCCUCCCCCAACCCAACAUUAUCUAACAUGUAAUUAAUUGUCUGUUGUUGGGUGAGGGGAGGGGUAGGUGCGUAGUUGUUCAGAUACUUACAUUGAUCCAUUUUAUCAUUUGGCCAAAUAUUGUACUUCCAUUUCGACGAGAAGUCUCUUUUAUUGUUGUUCUGUGGUUCUAUUUUGUUUUUUUCUUUUACCUCGAUUUCUGCAUUUGAGCGGUUCCCCAUUAACGGAUUGUGUUCUAGACGGUUUUUAUUAAGAUGGCUGUAUCAAGAGAGAAAGUGACGUCAAAGAUUUGCUGGUUAAAAAAUAUUAUAAAGUAAUUAAGUACAAUAAUUGGCCAAAUUAUAAAAUGGAUCAAUGUAAGUAUCUGAACAACUACGCACCUACCACUCCCCUCACCCAACAACAGACAAUUAAUGACAUGUUAGAUAUUGUUGGGUUGAAGGAGGAGUAGAUAAUUAAUUAAGGGGGAUCACGAAAAGAAAAUGUAUGAAUACAUUCGAGAACACACCAAUUGAUUAUCGUCUCUGUUACAUUCCUCGAUUGUAACUUUUUACGGGCCUUCCAUUACAAGUCUUUUUUCAGUAGCUAUUCAAUUUAGAUAGUUCCCCUCGAAAACCUCGUAAGCAUUGUUACCACGUUGAACGGCGAACUACAAGAAAAUCGCGUUACUUAAGUCUGUCUCAUGAUGAAAGAACGAUAUUGAUGAAUUAAAAACAAAAACUCGUGAUUUGACCUUGAAUCUGUUAUCUACAGCCCAGUGACAAGCAAGCGUGGGUACCUACACAUCAUGGACGACUGCAGCAGUAGAUGGAGCAAAUGUUAUGUAGUGAGUAGAAAAUCUCAUUUCAACCCUUGCACUGUGUUACAUCUUGUAUGGUUUUGCUUCCAGUAAGAAAUAGGUAUGUCUUCGACUGAGAGAGAAUCUUUGAAGGAGUCUGCUUGAUAUUCUAUCGAGCAUCCGUUUACCCUUUAACUCCCAGAUCAAAUUUGUAAUCCUCCUCACUGUCAACCAUACAAUUCUCAUAAUGCCAGUUGAGAGAAUUUAGUAUUGGAUCAACUUAUUAUCCCCUAAAUUGAUAUUUUUCUUUAUUCUCGUCACUUAUCUGGUUGAUGUUGUAUUGAUAUUGUAAGGAGAAAUUCUCUUCUGAUCACUCAUAGGAGUUAAAGGGCUAACUAAAACACCAUCUAUACCCUGUUCACGUGUAGCAAAAGCCCUCAAAAAAGUACCACGUCUUGAAUGUCUUCUUUUCUAAACAGUUUGUGCACAUGUCAGAUUGUGGUUUUGCCUCCACUAGUUCGAGGUUAUUUGCUUCUUAAGAAACUGUUGUGCCUUGUCGGUGGACAAGGGGAGCGACUAUUUUAUUUAUCAACCCUCGGUUGGUAAUGGUAGAUAAAUCGCCGUGGCGGUGUAGCCGCGUGGACAGAAUUGACAGCGAAGCAUUAUACUCAUUUGGGUGGAAGUGAACUUAUUGUGGGUGAAGUUAAAGGGACGAAACCUACGCAAACCAUUUUGGAUCGUGGCGUAUUUCUGCGUUCGCGUGCAGAGGCUCCAUAUUUUAUUGGUACCGUCUCCACUGAACCAGUGUCUCCUAGAACGGUGUAAUGUUUUAUUUAUUUAUUUUAUUUCAUUUCAGGUUGUUCGGAAACCUUACGUGCUUCUAUAUCGCCAGGAAGGUGACCCGGUGAGUGAACUCUUCCAGAAAUAUAAUUUAAGUGACUUGAAAUUGAAAACCUUAGUUCCCCUCAGUUAUCCUUGAUUUUGAUUGAUUACAGGUUGAACAGUUUCUGAUCAAUUUGAAACAUUCUAAAGUGGAGUGCCCAGAAUACUUUGUGGUGAGAAUUAGUGUUUUUUUGUCUUUUGUUUUUUGUUUUUUUUUUGGGGGGGGAGGGGGUAUACUGUAGCAACGUGAGACUCUAGGUUUUAAAGUAGUAAACUUCCCAACCAAUUGCGAAUUGAGUGUCAAAGUAAUCCGGGAUUUCUUUGGUUCUCUUUCUUUGGUUUGUGAUUGGUCUAAAAACUCGCGCCAUGCUCUAAACCAUUCAGACGCCAAACGAAAACUAAACGUAACUUUUUUGCCCGUGUUUUCCCGCGCAUUUGGUGGUUUACCUGUUUUUUACUUUGACUCCUCAUUAGCUUAUGAUGGUGCAAAUUUAUGUUAUGGUAGGUAUUUGUAAUUACGUUUUAUUUUUAUGACAGUGAAUUGAAACCGGCUCAAAGGCAACAAUUGUACUGAACUAAUAACAAGAAGUUUUGAUGUUAAAGCCCGUGUUUGUGGCAUGAUCGCAGUCCUCUGUUUUCUCAUAGGAAUAAAACGAAGCCAAUCUUGUAAAUCUUGUAACUGGAACUUUAUUUUCAAUCUUUUUCAGUCAUUAAGUGUAUUCUCAAUCCGUACAAGACACUGCAGAUUUCUUGUACGUAAUACAACGGAGAAAGAGGAAGAUGCUUAUGACUGGCUGUAUGCGCUCGAUCCUCUGUUAGUUGGCAGUUUGAGGUAUCUCACCGUGUAUUUCUGAAUCGCAUUUACCAUAAAUUUCAAGAACUCACAAAGGGGUCUGUUCGUUUGCGCACAGUUCUACUUAAGGAGCUUUGGAGAAAAGAGCUGCCUGUUCACAUACUUCUGUGUGGGGUGGGCCUAGACGGUCUUGUGCUUCCCCCACCCCUUGUGGAUACAGAGAAGGGUUUAUUUAUGCCGCCCCCCCCCCUUCCAUUAAUCAACUUAAGACCCAAAAUAUGGGUCUUGUCUCUAUAUCAAGUCCGUAGUAAUCUGCUCAUUGAAUCGCCCUAAAGUAGGGUUUCCACUGGUACUAAGAGGAACUCGGGUCCGUAGAAAAAAUCGGGGCAAUUUUGAAAUCCUUUCGUACAUCGAGGAAACCUCAGGGAGCAGUAGUUUUGUGGGUGUGCGUCCUUCGUAACUGAUAUAACGUAAAUCCGGACACACGCGCGUGGUCCAUACCGGUUUUCGUGUAAAUGAGGUAUGUCUAGUGUUAAGUGACUGACUCUCCUAACUUCACAGGUCGAGAAAAGGAAGUUCAAAACAUGGACACAAAUGAUGGUGCGCGUGUAAAAGAUUGUGAUGUCUUAAGAAAUUUUCGUUAUUCAUCAAAACUUGGAGAUUUAAUGAUAAACUUCUCAAAAGUCAGGAUGCCGUGUGUAAAGAUAUGCAUGGCAUCUUCGCCACGAGAGGGGCAUGUCAUUUCGUCAAGUGUAGCGUAAAUAACGGAAGUGUUGGUGUUGAAUAUGACGGUUGAGUAACAGCAAAGGGGUCUAGAGUUCAGAAGUUUUUAAUACGUGGUAAAUUUAAUAUAUUAAAUUAGAAUCCUGUGACUAUAUUUAAUACUAGUAAUGGUGUGAAAAAAAUGUCAAUUUGGUAAUGUCCCUAUCCGGGUACCUCUUUCAACCGAAAAGUUUUCAUUUUGAAAAAUACGUUUAUUUGUAACUGGUGCUGAAGACAAAAUUGCAUCUUUUCAUAAUUGUAUCCAUAGAAUGUUCCGUGAAUGGAAUCAAUAGCCUUCGUGGGCUUACAUAUUUAUAUUUUCAAGUUAUAAUUGGCUGGCGGAGAGCCGCCGAUAAAUUGAGGGGAUACUUGUGGUUGAAAUUUCUAGAUAAAAUAAUAGGGG